AUGUUCAUCUAUCUUGUCGACAGGCUGUGGACGGCGACGGUGGUGUGCAUUGCUGGGAUCUCAGUCGUAUACUCGCUUCGGCGUUACACCGGUGCCUUAUUCAGCUACGCCAUCUUUGCGACGAUUGUCCUUUACUACAUACAGAUAUCGACAGUUGCAAUCACUUACGAACUCCAACUCAGGCGUCUCGGCAAACGAGCACCGUCGCAGCGUGGGUGGUCACCAUACAAUUUCGGCAUUCUCAUCGAGGCAGUAUCGUAUGUCCUGCAGCAUCGCAAUCAUGUGUUCUGGUGGCGUCUGUUCGAGAACCAGGGGAAUCCUGCGAGGCCGUGGACUGUAGAGAGUAUAACUGCUGGUGAGAGGAUUAUCUUUACCGCAGACGAAGACAAUAUCAAGGCGAUACUUGCAACGCAAUUCGCAGAAUAUGGAAAAGGACCACGUUUCCGCGUAGAAUGGAAGGACUUCUUAGGCCUGUCUAUCUUCACCACGGAUGGUGAUCUUUGGCACAAUUCCAGAUCUCUGCUGCGCCCUCAGUUCAUCAAAGACCGAGUCUCUGACCUGCACACGUUCGAGAAACAUACGCAAGUCUUGAUCCGAUUGUUGGGAGGGAAAACUGACGGCGCCACUGUGCAGGCCGACGACUUAUACUAUCGCUUCACCUUGGAUGCUGCCACUGACUUUUUGCUUGGCAAGAGUGUUGACAGCUUGAUCAAUGGCCAGACUGAGUUUGCACAAGCAUUUGCGCAAGUGCAGAAUACCCAGAGCAUCAUCGCCAGGACUGGUCCGCUUCAGCAUCUGGUGCCCAAGGCCAAAUUUCACGCUGGUCUGAAAGUGGUGAAUCGCUUUGUCGGAACAUACAUCGACCGAGCUCUGGAACUACCUCAGGAGGAGCUGGAGAAGAAGACAAAGAGCGACGAGGGCUACACCUUUCUCCAUGCCAUCGCAUCCUACACAAGGGAUCGUGAGGUCCUUCGUGACCAGUUGGUUGCAGUCCUGCUUGCUGGGAGAGACACAACGGCUGUGACCCUCUCAUGGUUGACCUACGAGCUUUCCCGGAAUCCACAAGUGGUCCAGAAGCUUCGGCAGGAAAUCAUCAGUACCGUCGGACUAGAAGACGUGCCGACUUACGACAAUCUCAAGAAUAUGCGCUACCUGCAACAUACUUUGAAUGAGAUUCUGCGCCUGUACCCAGUCGUCCCGUACAAUGUCCGAGUAGCACUGCAAGACACGACGCUGCCUCGUGGUGGCGGCAAGAAUGGAGACGAGCCAGUUGCUAUCCUCAAAGAUACCCCAAUCGGGUACUCGACCUUGAUCCUGCAGCGACGAGAGGACAUAUACCCACCUGCGGCUUCAGGUUUCGCACCAUACCUUGACUUCGUACCCGAGAGAUGGGAUCACUGGACUCCUAAGUCGUGGACGUACAUACCAUUCAACGGCGGACCCAGAAUAUGCAUCGGUCAACAGUUCGCACUAACCGAGUUGGCGUAUACCGUGGUUAGGAUCUUGCAGACGUUCGAUCGCAUCGAGUGUCGAAUGGAUGAAGCGCCCCUCCUCAGGACUGAUAUCGUACUGCAGCCAGCUAAAGGUGUGCAUGUGGCUUUCUUAGGGGGCAAGAAGCAAUGA